AUGGUCCCGGACUGCCUUCCUGGUGGUUCCACCGCUGCGGGAGGAGGCGGACAGGAAGCGGCGGCGCCCCCAGGGGAGCUCAAGACCAGCUCUGGCGGGGCCCACUCAGUGAGGUGCUCCGGAACCGCGUCUCCGCCCCCAGCCCGCGCUCCCUCUUCUCCAUCGCUGCCCCCACCUGUGGGUCUCCCAGCGGGUACUGCGGGGGCGCGCGGGGCGGGGCCGCCAAGCGGUUAUAGCUGGACCCGCAGGGACCACUGCUCACCUCCAGCCUCCCGCGCUCCGGCUCCCCGACGCCCCUAUUGGGCGCACCCAGACCCAGCCGAGCCGGUUCCUGGCCCGCCCCGCCGGGCGGCCGUCGACGUGAGCGCCCUGGCGCAGGGCCCAGGGGUGCGGGGGGCUCCCGCGAGCCGGCCGCUGCUCGCGCUGCUGCUGCUCGCGCUCCUGCUGCCGCCUGCCGGCGCCUGGUACAAGCACGUGGCGAGCCCCCGCUACCACACGGUGGGCCGCGCCGCCGGCCUGCUCAUGGGGCUGCGCCGCUCGCCCUACCUGUGGCGCCGCGCGCUGCCGGCGGCCGCCGGGCCCCUCGCCUGGGACGCCCUCUCCGCGGGGCCCGCCGCCCGUGAUGCUCUCCUCCUGCUUCCCUCGGGGCCUCAGGAGCCAUGGGACACGCGACGCGGGAGCUCCCCGGCUGGGCUCCCCGUCCGUGCGCCCCGGAGCCCGCGCGCCCUGGAACCGAAGCCGCGGCUGCGCCCCCACUCCUGGACCUUCGCAGAGCGGGCCAGAGCCUUCGGAGACACAUCUCCCGCCCACCCGUGGCCCCUGCAGCAAACCGCCUUCGCCGGCCACGCCUGGCCGCUGGGUCGCCCUGAGAGCUUCCCUUACCCGCCGCGCCCCCGCGCCUGACUCCGGAGAAGUCGCUGUGGCUUCUCGGGCGCGCAGCUCGCAGCUCCGGCCAGGACGGCCGUCUGGUCAAUAAAACCCGCCUGAUUCCUG